AUGGCAGAACACGUAAAGACAUCAUUUGUUCCCCACUUAGGAGGCAUCCAUGUUGGAUAUAGAUAUUCUUUUACUGGUUCUUCCCUUCCGACUCUAGUAUUAAUUAAUCCAUUCACCACAACUUCCGACUACUAUCGCCCGGAAUUCGAAAGUGAGCAGCUGGCUGACAAGUUUAAUAUUCUUGCCGUUGAACCCCUUGGACAUGGCGCUACGCAAACAAACAGCGAAACAUUUACGUACUGGGAUUCAGCAAUUAUGAUUAUACAACUUUUGGACGUCCUUGGGAUUAAUCAAGCCUUCGUAGCCGGCACGUCCCAGGGAGGAUGGAUAGCUGCGCGAAUGGCACUUCUUUCGCCAAAGAAAGUUAAUGGCAUUAUUCUCAUUGGAACUUCCAUGGAUUUUGAGUCUCCAGAAAGUCGAGAAUUAGGCUGUUGGAACGGCCCGCAGGCCACCUCCGCACUAGUUACAAAGAGUGCUGACUUUAGGCCCCACGAUGAUUUCGAACCUGGCAGUGGGUAUAUUGACUUUUUAAUGGAAAUUGGAUAUGGGGAAAAAGUGACUCCGGAUUUGAUACAAAUAUGGUCCAAAUCUAUCCCGAAGAUUUACUCAGGAGAUGUCGGGAAGAAAUUGAUCUGCAUGGCUGCUGUUUGUCUGGCUUCUCGAGAUGGGCUAUAUGCCCGCGUACCUCAUAUCAGAUGUCCAGUGCUCUGGAUGCAGGGAACAAAUGAUGUUGUCUUUAGUGUGGCCAAUGCGGAAAAGGAAAUUAAAAUGUUCACUAAUGCUCCUGAGGCAAAAUUGGUCGUGAUGGAGGGCGGUGUUCAUUUUCUGAGCUUCACACAUGGGAAAGAGCUUGAAAAGAAUAUCCUGGAGUUUACAGAACAAUGGGCGGCGAAAUUAAAUGGUGAAUAUUCUGAUUAG